AUGACUGAAUUCAAUUACGAUACGAUGUUUCUCUGCACCUCCGAUGACCGAGAUAAUCUUGACACCAUCACGGAGAGCCUCACACGGCAAAUGAACGAUGAUGAUGAUGAUGAUGACAACAUAAUGGUAAUGCGCAAAGCGAGGUCCGGGGCAGCGGCUCCUGCAUCGACGGCUGUUGUACCAGAGGGUGCUGCAAAUCAUCUUCACACGGCCCUGGACACUGAGGCGAUGUUACGCUCGAAGGAUUCCAAAUCUCUCCUUGUUUCUCAAGAGUCCGGUCACUCGACCUUUGAAACGUCACGAACGUUGGAUCAGGUAGACUCAAAGAGCCUACUCAGUGCAUAUUCGCGCUUCUCUCAGCCGCUGAGUUCCAGUGAGCCGCCAACCCCCGGUGUGAUGAGUGUGACUGAACCCUCCGCAACUUCUCCACCUGCUCUGGUCUCUGCAAAUCCCGUGGCCGGUUAUGAUCAGCCGCCUGCCGGUACGGGCCAGCGAACUCUUCCGUCAUAUAAUCCGCAGGAGGAUUGCCCGCCUCCCUACGAGUGGGUUGGGGAGCGAUCGAAACACGCACAGAUGCCUGUGGCGCAGCAAAUGCCGUUGGCCAACCCACAAGUUGCUCGGGCCUCAGCAGGGGUUCAAUCCAUCGUGCAGAUGCCUGGUGGCGUGUACUCUAUGGGAACACAAAUUGUCCCCUCGAGUUUAUUGUCGGUUUCCAUGCAGAAACGGCCUGCGGUAGUUCCACAGCAGCAACAAACCGCCUUGAGUGGUGCGUUUACGCCGGCAGUUGGUUUGAAUCAAAUGGUUCAAUCCUUUGCGGCUCCUCCUUCGCCGAUGGCAACUUCGGCACCAGGGGCAACUCAGCGCCUUCAGGCCACUCCGUCCCUCGCUUCCGGGACAUCUGCACCGCCACCGGGUUAUGUGCAGUUCCUAACACCUGUGCAAAAUGUAAAUGGUUCCACUGGAUGCCAGAUGGUGAUGGUACCAACCCAGCAAAUUAGUCAGGUGGGUAGCGUGCAAAGCCCAAUAGGUCAGGACCUUCGUGACUUUUCCCAGCAACAACAGCAGCAACAGGUAAUGCAAUACGUUUGGAAGGCUCCGCCUCAGCAACUCCAGCCGCAGCAAUUGGCUCAACCCCAGCAGUUCGUUACACAACAAUACUCCAACAUUUCCCGCCCACCGCAGGGGUAUGCAAUUGUUCAACCUGGUGGACAGCAGUCGUGUAUGAUGGCUAUAAGUACAAAUCAGCUCCAGCAGGUGCAACCUCAAGCGUACAUUCAGCAGCAGCUUCAACCCAAUUCAACGAGGCAAGUUUUUAUUACCAACCAACACCCGCAACAACAGUUAUUUACCACACCUGUUAUGCCGACAACGUUGCCCAUGGGAUGUCGCUUCAAUUAA